AUGGAUAACGUGAUCGAUCUCAGCCAAGCACCAGCGAUGCUUUUCUGGUUUCGCAUUGUCUCAGGUUUAACUAUUUGGGUGAAUAUCUUAUGUCUUUAUUUGAUUGCUGUCGCAACACCGAGAGGACUCGGAAAUUUUCGAUGGCAUAUGUUCGCGCUACAUUUCAUCGACGAUUCCUUUUCAGUGUUACCAAAUGUGCUGCGAGUACGGGGUAGCCUUUUGGCUUUCCCAAUGUUGGGGUUGCCAGCACAAGGCGGCUUUGCAAUUGGUCCAUUGGCUGAUUGUGGAUUUGAUGUCUAUUGGCAACUGAUUGUGUUGAUCUACGUGACAGUUGCCGUUGUUUCCUCAACACAAAUUCUCGGCUUCAUUCGACAGCAAUCUGUUUUGAAGAAUGAGCAUUUCUUGAAAUUGAAACCACGGCAUAAAAGAUAUUGGAUCGUUUUUUCGUAUGUUUUUCCGAUUUUCUGGACAGUUUCCAUAAUGCUUAUCCUUUGGGGAAACGAUGUUCACAAGGCGUUAGAUGGCUUUCAAAAUGAAUACCCCUACCUUGCCCCGUUCUUUCAACAACGUUCAAGUUUCGGGGUGGAACUUGACUUCGGACGGCGAACAAUCAUCCCGUCGAUUGGUUUCGUCAUCUUUUAUACAGCUGUAUUCAUCGUGUUGGUCGCAACAGCGCUAAGCUCUUUGAAAGCCAUGGAAAAGUCGAUGAGUCGACGAACGCUGGAGAUACAGAAGCAAUGGUUGAAACAUGUUUAUACACAGAGAACCACCGGCUCCCUAUGUUCCCAAAAUAACCUGACCGAGAUCUCAGCAUUGGAGCCGUUUUGUGGACCGAUU